AUAAAUAAAUAACUAAAUAAAUAAGAAGAAAUAUCAUAUCAUGAGGCUUGGCUAGGUGGGGGUGCUAGGUGUGGCUAUCGGAGGAAAUCUCGGGUAUUACUUUCUUGUGUGUCUUUUUGAGAGAGAGAAAGAGAGAUGCAAUUCCAAAUAUUGCCGACAACAUGAAGAAUCUUGAUCGCUGAAAAAACCUAUGCAUUCCCGAAGAGAGAGAUCCAACACAAGCUUCUUUCUGCAUUCAAUUCAAACAUGUUACUAUAUAAUUAUCUGCUUUUGCACUCAGCUUCACUGUCCAAUUCUCUCGUUCCAACCCCUUCUCUGAUAAUUCCAGCUUGAUGACCCCGAUUUCGACAACACCAACCAUACAAGGAUAAAGCUUUCUUUCUUUUCACAUAAAAAAGUUAAUUUGCAGGGAAUGGCAACUCAGGUUGAGCCUCCAAAUGGGAUCAAGAUUGAAGGGAAGCAUUAUUAUUCCAUGUGGCAAACCCUUUUCGAGAUUGACACGAAAUAUGUCCCCAUCAAACCUAUUGGCCGAGGAGCAUACGGAAUUGUUUGCUCUUCUGUGAAUAGAGAGACCAAUGAGAAAGUUGCAAUCAAGAAGAUACAGAACGCCUUCGAAAAUCGCAUUGAUGCGCUGAGAACUCUGCGUGAACUGAAGCUUCUUCGGCACCUUCACCAUGAAAAUGUAAUUGCUUUAAGAGACAUCAUGAUGCCUACUAACAAGAGCAAUUUUAAGGAUGUCUAUCUGGUGUAUGAACUCAUGGAUACAGAUCUGCAUCAAAUUAUUAAGUCUUCUCAAGCAUUAUCUAACGAUCACUGUCAAUAUUUCCUCUUUCAGUUGCUUCGGGGCUUAAAAUAUCUUCACUCGGCCAACAUUCUUCAUCGUGACCUGAAACCCGGGAAUCUUCUGAUCAAUGCAAAUUGUGAUCUAAAAAUAUGUGAUUUUGGUUUAGCACGCACCAACAGCAGCAAGGACCAGUUUAUGACUGAGUAUGUUGUCACCCGAUGGUAUAGAGCUCCAGAGCUCCUACUCUGCUGCGACAACUAUGGGACGUCUAUUGAUGUUUGGUCUGUGGGGUGCAUCUUUGCAGAGCUUCUUGGACGGAAGCCUAUUUUCCCAGGUUCGGAAUGUCUCAACCAGCUAAAACUGAUUAUCAACAUCCUUGGCAGUCAAAGGGAGGAAGACAUCGAAUUCAUCGAUAAUCCAAAGGCAAAGAAGUUCAUCAAAUCUCUUCCAUAUUCUCCGGCAACCCCCUUUUCCCGACUCUACCCACAAGCCCCCCCAUUGGCAAUCGAUCUGCUGGCCAAGAUGCUUGUUUUUGAUCCAACUAAGAGAAUCAGCGUCGCUGAAGCGCUGCAACACCCUUACAUGGCCCCUUUGUAUGAUCCUAAUUCUGAUGCCCCUGCCAUCAUUCCGAUUGAUCUUGACAUCGAUGAGGAUCUUGGAGAGGAGAUGAUUAGGGAGAUGAUAUGGAGGGAAAUGCUUCAUUAUCAUGCUGAAUCUGCUAUGGGAAAUGCACCCUUGUGCUCAUAAUAUUGAAUCUUGGUACUUCUUUGGUCGUUUUCUCUUGUUGGUGCUUAAGACAGUUCUAAUAACAUAGGUUGCUUUAAAAUAAC